AUGGGCGCGGCGCAACGCCUCACCCGCGGCGGCAAUGCGUUGCGGUGUGAGGCGGCGAACCUCGCCAUUGUCGCUCGCCUCACCACCAACAACAGCCACAACACCACCGCUACCACUAGCAGCAGCAGCAGCGGUGCGGGUGUACGGCUCAAUGUGAUCACUGAAGGCGCGAUAGAGGCUGCGCAACUCCUUUGCGUACUGCCGCUCCUGCUCCUGCAGCCGUCGCCGCAGCGCCUCCGUCUCGUCGUCGGGGACGGUAUUAGUGCGGAACUUCUCCGCAAUGUAGUCCAGCAGCGAGCGGAGUCCUUGCAAUGCGCCGGUAGUGCUCGUGUCUGUAAAGAGGGGCAGCUGUAG